AUGGGACAAAGAAACAAAAAAAGUAUACCUACACAGGAGUCUGUGAACAUUACCAAAGGGGUUGGGGAUGAUGAGGUAAUGGUUGAUGCUAGUAAUGCAUUGGAGAGGAUUGGUCAGGAAGAGCAAAUGGUGGGAGUCAAUGGACGGGAGGAAGGGGUGAAGAGAAACGAAAUGAUUCUUAAGAUCAACAACGAGAUUAGAGAUAUCCAACUGACCAGUGCAAACGUCAUUGACCUCACGGUUCAUGGCAUCCAAGUCUCGAUUAACAGCCUGUCGGAACUCGUUCAACUGGUCUUGGAAGUCCUCCCGUAUGAGAGACAAUUCCAGCUGGGUUUAAAGUAG